CCUCCCGCUUCCUCUCUCUCUCCCUUUGAGUGUGGAGGAGCCUUCCUGGGGCCGAGCCCGGUCCCACCCUUCCCCUUCUUCUCGAUCUUCUCCUUCUUGGCCUCCUUUUCCCCCCCCCAGACCGCCUCUCUCCGGCCAGAAGCGGCCGCCAGGACUCCCCCGCUCCUCGCUCCGUCCGUCCGUCCGUCGGAGGGUCAGCCUGUGGGUCCGGAGGAGCCCCGCCAUGGGCUGCACGGUCAGCGCCGAGGACAAAGCGGCCGCCGAGCGCUCCAAGAUGAUCGACAAGAACCUCCGCGAGGACGGCGAGAAGGCGGCCAGGGAGGUCAAGCUCCUGCUCCUCGGUGCAGGGGAGUCUGGGAAGAGCACAAUUGUAAAACAGAUGAAGAUUAUCCAUGAGGAUGGAUACUCAGAAGAAGAAUGCCGGCAGUACAAAGCCGUGGUUUACAGCAACACCAUCCAGUCCAUUAUGGCUAUCAUCAAGGCAAUGGGAAACCUGCAGAUUGACUUUGGAGAUCCUGCCAGAGCGGAUGAUGCCCGUCAGUUGUUUGCACUCUCUUGCACUGCAGAAGAGCAAGGAAUCAUGCCAGAGGACUUAUCCAAUGUGAUCCGGAGACUGUGGGCAGAUAAUGGAGUCCAGGCCUGUUUUAAUCGUUCCCGAGAGUAUCAGCUGAACGACUCGGCUGCAUAG